CUGGACUUGACCAAGGCCAUAAUACUCGGGCGGCCACGAAGGCCGAUAGUCGAGUACACACCAGAGCAAACAAUGUCGAAUAGGUCCAGAGUUGUACAUGAAGGAGUGAUGGCGAGUCCUACGGGCAAAAUGUCGAAACCCUCCACCGAACUCCCGAAUGGCGCUUUCGAACACUUAAGAAACAAGAUCGAAUCUCGUCUGCAAUCAAGCGAGCAAAAGAAGGGGAAAGACAGGUCUAAAAGGAAAAGCGCAUCAUCCGGCCAUGAGGAAAGAAAGAAUAAUACAAAUUUCACUUCACCUGAUCGAGGGAAAAAGCGUGAUCGCAAUGGAAAAGUGCUGAUUUCUAAUGAGGCACCCAAAAACUCGCAGAACACUGAUGGCGCCAAAGAUGACAACGAGAUCUUGUUAAAAGAAAUUCGAGAGCUUGGAGGCACUGCCGAAGAUCUGCAGUUGCUUGAAGGUGCCGACUCCGACUCGGAGAUGGAAGACACCGCAGGCGACAAACGACAGAAAACUUCGACCUCUAGCGUCCAACCGGAAGGAUUGGAAAAGGGCCUCAAGAACAUAUUGAAAGAGAUUGCAUUAGCACAAGGCCAACAUGUUGAUGACGUGUCUGAAGAAGAUGUUGAAGAAGAAGAACCUGUCGAGGCACCCGAACCGAGAGUACAGGCGGAAAGCGAGGUAGCGCCGGCAAGCAGUGAGAAGACAAUCAAGAACGCGAGAGGAAAGCAACCUCAAUAUCUUUGCGUACCGAAACCAGAUUGGUAUAAUGUACCUGAGCCAGUCGUCAACCACGAACAGUCGCUCAAGUAUACAUUGUCCCAGGAUACGAUUAACGAGCUUCACGACUAUGCAAAAUCUCUACUCGAGGAAGAGAAUCAGAAAUACAAGAAUUCCCAACAAUCGUCAUCCGCUCAGUCUUUCUACAAUACUGUUAUUGCAUCAGGAACAUUGUCAGACAAAAUUUCAGCACUGACUCUGGCCGUACAAGAGGCUCCAGUUCACAACAUGCGAUCCCUAGAGAUAUUGAUUGGCCUGGCCGGCAAGAGAAGUCGAUCCCAGGCUGUCGAAGUCCUUCGAGCUCUGAAAGAUUUGUUCGCACAGGGUUCUUUGUUACCGGAAUCGAGAAAGCUAUACGCAUUCCAUUCCCAGCCUACACUACCGUACUUGUUCGCCCAGCUGAGGUCAUGGAGGAGAGACAACAGACUGCCUCGCGGCCUCGACGAGCCAACUCUUGUUACCUGGGCCUUUGAGAGCUGGCUCAAAGAGCAAUAUUUUGAGGUACUGAAGAUCAUUGAGGUCUGGUGCAACGAUGAGAUCGAAUUUUCCAAAGGUCGAGCAGUCAGCUAUGUUUACGAACUCCUAAAAGAGAGGCCGGAGCAGGAAUCCAACCUGUUGAGAUUACUCAUCAAUAAGUUGGGAGAUCCCAUCAAGAAGAUUGCCUCACAGGCAUCCUAUCUGCUUAUGCAAUUGCUAAUUGCUCACCCUGCAAUGAAGGGAGUCGCCAUUUCGGCAGUUGAAGGUGACUUCAUUUUUCGUCCAGGACAGAGUUUGCACGGAAAGUACUAUGCUGUAGUGACGCUCAAUCAAACGGCGUUGAGCAGCAAGGAAGAGGAUGUGGCCAAGAAACUCCUCGACAUCUAUUUUGGAUUGUUUGCGGCACUCCUGAAAUCCGCCAAGGCAGAAACCAGUAGCAAGCCGGAAGAGGGCGAUCAGCAUCGAGGCAGUGGGAAGAAACAGAAGAAGCCUCAGAUUUCAGGUCAAGCGCAGACGGAAGAACUCAGAGAGAAGCUAAUAUCGGCCAUUUUGACGGGAGUCAAUCGGGCAUACCCUUACGUGGGCGCUGAUGGGACGAGCUUCACCGAACACAUGGAAACCUUGUUCAAGAUCACCCAUUCAUCCAACUUCAACACAGGCGUUCAAGCGAUGAUGCUUAUUCAGCAAUUGUCUACAACACACAGAGCAUCGAACGAUCGCUUCUACCGGAUCCUCUACGAGUCAUUACUCGAUCCUCGAUUACUCGCCUCUUCCAAACAACAACUAUAUUUGAAUCUACUCCACCGCUCUCUCAAGGCCGACCUGAAUGUUAAGCGGGUAAAGGCAUUUGUGAAGCGAUUAGUCCAAAUUCUAUCACUUCACGAACCAUCCUUCAUUUGCGGUGCAUUUUUCCUGGUUCAGGAUCUCGAGGCUACCUUUCCCUCGCUCGCUGGAUUAAUUGAUCAGCCCGAAGACCAUGACGACGAUGAAGAAGUCUUCCGAGAUGUGGAUGAAGACGGCGACCAGCCUGCGCUUACAUUACCUGACAAGCCUCAAAGCACUUUCUACGAUGGGCAUAAGCGUGCUCCCGAGCAUUCCAACGCAGACAACAGUUGUCUCUGGGAAGUUUUCCCGUUUCUUGCCCACUUUCACCCGUCUGUGUCAGUCAGUGCUGAGCAUCUACUACGACACACCAAACUGCCGGGUAAACCCGACCUCAAUUUGCAUACUCUAAGUCACUUUCUCGACCGUUUUGUAUAUCGCAACCCGAAGUUGUCAUCUGCCGGUUUACGAGGAUCAUCGAUCAUGCAGCCAAUGGCAAACGAUACUUCCAACGUGCUUAUUGGAAGCACUUUGGGCGCAGCACGGAAGCUGCCUGUCAAUAGCGUAGAAUUCAAGACUAGGAAGCAAGAGGAUGUUGCGGCAGAAGACAUUUUCUUCCAUCAAUACUUCUCUAGUCUGGGCUCAGCUGGAAGCAACAAACCAAAAGCACAGAAGAAGAGUCGUGACGAGGACGAUGGAUCUGUAGAUGAAGAUGAAGUAUGGAAGGCCAUGAUGGAGAGCGCGCCAGAGCUCGAGGGUGCCGAGGAGAGUGAUGAUGAUCUUGACGUGUCCGAUAUCGACUCGGAAUUGAUGGCAUCAUCGGAAGACGAUCAGGACGAAGACGACGAUGAAGAAGUUGACCUUGACCCGGCCCUUUUCGAUGAAGACGAUGACGACCUCGUGCAAAUGCCAGGGGAAGACGAGGAUGGAUCAGCUGAUGAAGGGGCAUCCGACUUUGAAGGAUUCGGCGAGGAUCUCCCAAGCGGCAAGGAGCGGAGCAAGGAAAGGAGCAAGGAGGACAAGGCAAGAGCGAAGAAGUCUAAGAAGGCCAAAAACCUGCCGACGUUUGCAUCAGCAGCAGAUUAUGCUAAGAUGCUGGACGACGACGAGGAUGAGGACAUGGGAGUGUAAUACUCCGUUCGUAGUAGGCUACAUCUACCCAAACCGCACCCUUGACACAGCCCAAGAGAUCCAAGAAAUCCAAGCCGUCGAAGAAUCAGUCCAAGCAAUUCCUGGGCAUCUUGUCCGUAAGCUUGGCCAUGACCUGCAGCCUAACACGUAUAUGGAAUGACAGUCCCUGCAAGUCCACGAUAACAGUAUCGUGCCUUGGUUUAGUCCUCUAGGUUGGAAAGAUGCACCAUUUAUUUACAUA